CUUUAGCGUCCACAUGAUUUCAUGUUCCGAGUACAUCCCGACUGGUGACGAUGCAGGCGCCGACCGACAACAGAGGCACUGGAGGCAACCUGCUUCCCCCCUGGCCCACGAUACUGCCACGACCGGUGAGGAGUGCCGGCACCGAGAGUGCAAACACCCUCAGAGUCGUGGGGUGGCCACGUGGACUGCAAGUGGACGGCGAGAACAUACGUUAGUUAAGAUCAUUGCAAAGAUCCGCCUACGUGCAGCUGAGCUCCCGUGUUUGCUCUGCUGUAUGCAUGCAGCCGCUUCAACGGGCUUGACCUUUUCCACAGUUACAUGGACACUUUUGGAGCGGUAUGUAUGGUAUCAUGUGAGCUGCCAAUCACAGACAUCUCUGUUGGUUGUGUAUGUGUUCUUUCUCUGCAGGCGGCCAAGCUGGAUCCGACGCCUCGUCGCUGUCCCAUUGUGGUGGCGGCGAGGGUGUGCUUGCCUGUCGACCCCGAGCAGGGCGAGAUAGUGGCUGAUCUGCUGCUGCAUGACGAGCUGAGCAGGGAGGUGCUGCUGUCGCUACCCAAGCAGCUGCUCCUUGACGUGGGUGACGACCAGACGUGGGAGGGCAAGGACGAGGCUGAGCGCAUCGAGAUAGCCUACCAUGACGUGUAAGUAAAGCUUUACACACAUACCCUGACUGGCUCCCUCCCGCACACCUAGCUACCAGGGGAAUCGAUCAUUCACUCAUUCAUGUCAUGUCAUGUGUGCGGUGGGUGUUAUGUUUGUAGGGCCACGUCAGCCGUCGCUUCAGAAGGAAGACGACUGACAGACCCCGAAGAGCGACAACGUCAGUCAGUAGGAAGGAGAUGAAUGACAUGUGAUGCGUGGGUCUGUCUGUCUUGUUCUCACAAAUGCCUUUUGUGUGGCUGGCUGUCCGUGUCACUCAUCCUGUCUGUCUGUCUGUCUGUCAGUGGCCCGUCUGAUGGAGCCAGAUGGCGGGCGCGACGAUGCUGCCGUCCAAGUCAUCGGCCUGCACAAGCCGCCCGAGUGGGACCUGCCCACCCUGCAGAAUGCCAUCAACACAUGCUUCGAGAGCCUAAACUACGAUCUCUACGUGGAGGACGCUACUCCGCCCACAGUGGUCCGCGCCAAUGAGGGCGAGGACGUGUGCAUGCUUCGCUGCAGCGACAUGGACUUCGCGACGCUGCUGCUGCGCAUGAGGUGUCUGCACCUGGGGGUGGACCGCGAAAUGUGCGGGACGAAUGCGAAGCCCGGAUCGUCCUCCAUCUAUGUGUCGGAGACUUACAUAGAGCUCAUUACGUGGUUGCAGGAGAGGCAGCAUGCCAUCGAUCAGGGACAGACGAGGUGAGGUGAGAGAGAUGGGUCCCCGGGGGGCGGAGGGAGGGAGGGAGGGAGGGAGGGAGGGCACGGUGUGUGUGUUGGUGUGUUGGUGUGUGUGCUGUCCACCAGCUAUGCAGCAUUCAAGCCCUACCUCUGCUUGCCCAAGCUCAUCGAUGACGGCAGGUGUGGUACACACAACGGCGGGGCGGGCAGCGCAGCGUGUAUGGUGUGUAUGUUUGUCUGCCUGGCCUGCCUGCAUCAUUCAUUCAUUGCAUGCCAUGGAUGGGAGGGAUGUGUGUUGAUUGGUGUCUGUUUCAUUCAGCCGACCUGGGGUGGCACCGAAUCAUCCAACAGAGCCGGUCGCCCCUCCCCCUCUCCCUCCCCCAGCAGCAGCAGCAGCGGCAGCCAACAGCGACAUGGCGGACUCGUCUGACGCCGCCAAUCGCACGCCGUCCCCUCCUGCCCCUGCCAUGCCCACUGGCCCGCCAGCUGCCCCCCCGCCAGCUGCCCCACCUCUCCCCCCAGCGGCUGACAGCGAGGACACAGAGAGCGACGAAGGACGGGCAGCAAAGAGGAAGAAGGGCCAGGCCAAGGGCAAGGGUAAGGGCAAGAAGGGUGGCCUUGCUGCAGCCACCCGUGCCGCGAACAAGAGUCUGGAUCUCCUGGCUGCCGAGCCAGAAGCUGCGCCCAAAGAGAAGACUCCGCCAUCAGUGCAGCACAAGGCUGGUCCGUCGGCAGAGCGGCAGCAGCGUCCUGCUAUCGUUGCGAAGGCUCCCCCACCGCCAUUGCUGCCUUCAUCUCCAGCAGCAGCAACCAUUUCUCUCCCCACUGGCGCUGUCAGGCCCCCAGCUGGACCCUUAGCUGGCAGGAGGGACAAUCUGCCUCUGAAGCAGGGGCUGGGCGCACCUGUGCCGAUUGUGCCACCACCCAAACCACCCACAGCCACUGACAAUAUGCCCCUCGCCGCAGCCGCCGCCGCAGCAGUAGCAGCAAGGGCACGGCCUGUGAUGGUGGACAAGGGUGUGCAGAAGGACCACAUCUUCAUAGAGAAGCUGUCGACCAAGAAGAAGCGGCGGAGGCAGGGUGAGAAUGGGGCUGAGGGAGACACGCUCGACGGGCAGCCGCAGGCGGGCGGGGCCAAGACCGCGACGCCGGAGCCAGUCGUGCCACCGGCCAAGAGGCCGAAGGUAGGUGGGUAGCUGGGUGCACGCCACACAAGACCAGAAGCAAGUAAUAUAUGGUGUGACUAGAUGUCUGUCUGUCUGUCUGUCUGUCUGUGUACCAGGUUGCUGCGGUUGCACCGCCAGACCAUCAUGGGUGGGUGAGCUCAUUCACAAUUAGAAGCCGACAGACAUGUGUUGUGCUUGAAUGGAUGGAUGGAUGGAUGGAUCCUUGUGUGUAUUAUGUGUUGCAUUGUGUUGUGUAACGCAGGCCUGGUGCGGGUGGUGGUGGUGCUGCCGUCCUUCUCAAUGGCGACCGCCACACCGAAGAAAACCGAAGAUUGCGUGACCAGUGAGCCGGCCGCCCACUCAUGUGUGUGCUCAUCAACGGAUGGAUCAGCACCGAUGCAUGCAUGUGUGCGUAUGUGUGUGUGUGUGUGUGUGUUAGUGUUGAGCGCCUCAAGAAGACAUUGGCGGAAUCCAAGUCGAGUGUGGCGGGCCAGAAGGCCAAGUACAAAGGUCUUCUCGACCUGAUUAAGGGACAGAAGCAGGAGAUCGCGGAGCUGCAGGGCUACCGGGAGGCGACCAGCGCCAAGCUGCAGUGCGUCCAGUGUCGCCGCCGAGAGGUACGUAGGUAUCACCACCUUUCACCACCCAUCUCCUCCCCGUGUGAGUGUGUUGUGUAGAUGAGCAUCAUUCUGCAUCCGUGUGGUCACGGUUUGUGUGAGGGGUGCUACAAGGGCAUGUCGUCGGUGAGGCCUGAGUGCCCCGAGUGCAGGACGCACGUUGCUCACGCCACUCAUAUGAAAAAUGCAUUGGCCGGGGAGGGGAGGGGAGGGGAGGACCUAGCUAGAUUGAUUAGAUUGGGGUCGGUGGCAGGGCCGGCACUUCACGUCACGUGUGCAGUGCAUGGCUCUCUUGACUUCCAUGUGCGUGAGUGAGUGAAGGGGUUGAUUAAGUGCUUCAUGGCACGGAGAGUUAAUGCGGCGUCCAACUCAUGUAUCUCAGUCAGUCAACUAACUCUGGCAAAUAAGAAUUGACGUGGGG